AAGGAUCUUUUACAAUGUAACAUUAUAACGGCGAAUAACUGGCAACACUAUUAUUUCUCUGCAAUUCCUUUUCCUUUUUCUACUGUUUUCUGAUUGCAUUGCUUGGAAAAUAAUGCGGAUAUAGUGGUUGAGUCGUUCUUAACCGUACCGUGAAAAUUUAUAAAAAUUGUUAGAAGUUUUCAACUUCUGGUAAUUUAAAAUGACUUAAUUGUGUGCUAAACUAUUGGGACAUUAAAAUAAAUCAACAUCUUUAGUGAAUUGAUAUUAAAAUAGUGAUAAUUUGCAAGUGAAUUAUAAUUUCACCGUCGGCAGGACGAAAAAUCGAUAGUUACGGACGGAGAUUGUGAAAAUUAAUUUUCAACUAAUUUUAGCCAAAUUAUGGUGGGCCUACUGGAUCCAAUAAAAUAUGGUGAACAUUUUUAUGAAUUAUACACGAGCAAUACGCGUCGCAAACUUCAAAAUGAUCGGAAAACCUUGUCGAAACGGAAGAGUAAAGAUAAGAAAGCAGCAGCGCUUGCGGCUGCAGCUGCAGUACUUGAAGGUAACGCCGGCGCCAUCGUGAACCCCAUGGAUCCGCCCAUCAUCAAAGACCAAUUGUUACUCUUUCCCACAUUUCCGGUGGCACACAUAGAGCUUGAAGCCAAUGCUUCGAAAUUCGCCAUAUUCGCCGUCAUACGCUCCACCGUUUUGGAAGCGGAGACACGUUAUGCACUCUUUCAAGACAGCAGCGGCGCACUGCGUCGCCUUCACAAUUUAAGUUCCUCAUGUUGUCUCAUUUGCGCCGGAACUUGUAUGGCUACAAAUCUGCUGGAUUGCUCCUGUCACACCAUGUUGUCGGCAGCAGUUGGAGGCGCUAGUGGUGGCAGUGGCCUGUUGGGAGAAAAACGUUCGCGCCACGAUUCAGCAAACAGCGAUGCAGAGAGUGAGUCGGAUGAUGCGACUGAGAAAGAGAUAACGGUCGUGCGUGUGCCGCUUAUUGUGGGUGCUGGUUUGCGCAGCCUCUUCGAACUAAUUGCCGAUGCGCGUCACAUACAACCGAUGUUGUGUACUAAAGCACUGAAAGCAUUGUUAGAUGUCAUACAAGGACAAUUACCGGAAUCGUUCAAAUUGGAACCUGAUGACUUGAUUAAUCCUCUCUACGAUCUACUACUCGACCUAACCACAAUGCCGGCGGCUAUGGUUGCAGGUGCUACUACGGAAGCUAAUUGGUCGGCAAUGGCUUGUGCGGCGCUGAUUGGGCUUUGCAUUGCUCGUGGUGAUACUGGCAAGAUAUUGAAGGCCAUAGCUGCUAUGCUGAUGUCGCCCAAACAGUUAUCCACGCAAAUAAUACAGCUACCCGCGGUGCUCGCUUCGCUGCAAAAUACCGUGAUGAGCGCGGCAUUGAACAAACCUACAAGACCGGACUUUCACAGCAACGGUGUGCCCAUUAACUCACUAAUCGACGAGUUCAGUGUGAAGACAUCAGCUGGUGCCUGUGGCAGCCUCUAUACGCAACCCGCUAUGGCUUCGGAUGGCACAUAUUUGUAUCUUUUGCUUGGCAGUUCGCUGCUUAAAAUCGGUACCGGCUUCAGCGGCUCCUUCAAAGGCCACAUUUAUGCACAAAAUGACGAGUUUACAAAGGAGAAGUCUGGCUGGUUGGGUUGUUUUGGUGGAAACCUUUAUUAUCGUCGUAAUACUAAGCGUUCGGCCGACCAUUUGCAUCUAGUCAAUACAGAGACGUUAACUAUAAAGGGCAUCAAUUCUGUUAAUCUUGUGCCGAUACGUGAGGGUUUUAAUUAUGUUCUCUUCACAGAUGAGGACUCAAUAAAUGCGAUUUGUACCAAUAGAGAUGAUACCCUUGUCGUUAAAAAGUUGAAUUUCAAUAACUCAAACACUUACGGCAACGACAACUCGCCACCCUACGAGCUACCACUCAAGUUGGCACGUAAAAAAUUUCGCACCCUCGGCUAUGCCGCCUUUGAAGAUGAGGUGCUCAAUCAAAAUCAAAUCCAAAAAAUACAAUCUUCAUAUAAUAUUUUCGAGCCAAAAUUACCCAGCGAGGUGGAGAUACAAGGCAUUGUCUGUGGCAAGGAAUUUGGGCUGGUGCGCGCCUCCAAUGGCAAAGUGUACUACUAUGGCAAGUCAGCUUCGUUAGGCUUGAAGUCCAUAGGACGCACACCCACCAUGAAAAUGACCGAGUUGAUUAUAUCUAAAGUUUCGAAUAUUGUGCACAUCGCCGUGGGCCAUGAUGGCAUACACGCGUUGUUGGUGAAUGACGAUGGCACUGUGUAUUUCACUGGCACUGCACGUCGCGGCGAAGAUGGUGACUCCUCGAAGAAUCGACGUCAGCCUAAAGCUGUUAAGCCUAAAAAGAUGUCGAAAAUUGACGGUCAUGUUGUCGUGCAUGCAGCUUGCAAUAACGGCACUUCCGCCUUUGUCACAAAAACUGGUAAAUUGAUCAUGUUUGGCAAGGAUACGGCACAUUGUGACGCCAGCGGCUGUGUGAGCGAUUUCAUUGAUCAGCACAUUACGAAAGUGGCGUUGGGUAAAGCACAUUGUGUGGCGUUGAAUUCCAAAGGGCAACUUUUCACUUUUGGCUUGAAUAAUAAGGGACAAUGCGGACGUGUAUUUGGCAAAGCCAGCAAGGAUAAUUGCGUUUCUCUACAAGGCGGCGGCAAUUGUCUGGGCACAACUACAGCUGCGGACUCGGAUGGCAAGGGUUUGUUGAACGCUAAGAAGUUGAAAUUUGACUUUUCGACAUUGUGCGAUUACGAUGAUCACCAGCUGGUGCAAGGGCAAUGUCGCGUCUGUGUUAUGUGUCGUGAAUGCACCGGUUAUAAUGUGUCGUGUGUGUCGACUUUGAAUGUGCCGGUGGAGGAACGUUUACCGGGCGCCAUAUGUCCUUGUGGCCAUGGCGAUGCCGGUUGCUCGAAAUGUGGACUUUGCUCGACCUGCAUUUCCCUGCAGGAGGCGGAUAAUGACGCAAACAAAGAUAACAAGCAACUACAAAGCGAGCUGAAUCGUCAACGUUCAAAGAGUUUGAUAAUGCGUCGCAAGGAAAAAAAAUUGAUUGCCGAGGAGAAUCCAAGCACACAAGUGACCGAUACGGACAAAGAUCCGCCACGUGUAGCGCCUUUAGCGCCACAGAUGCUCAACUUGUCCACCAGUUCGCCGGUGGUGCAAGUGUCUUGUGGUCUGCAUCACACGGUAGUGCUCACCUUAGCCGGUGAGGUAUUCACCUUCGGCAGUAAUCAAUAUGGUCAACUGGGUACAGGUGAUUUGCAACCCGUAAAUGGCCCGGUUAAGGUGAAUGUACAAGGCGCAAUUAGUCAAGUGAGCGCCGGAAGUAAUCACACUGUGCUGAUGACCUACAAGGGUAUGGUGUAUACUUUUGGUAAUUACCAAAAGGGACAGUUGGGACGCCUGCCUAAUGAUUUUCAACGUGAUAAGACAAGCGGCGUUGGCGAGGAUGUUAGUGCGGCAGCAAAUAAAACAUCAAGUGGUGAAUAUAGUGGAAGCACGGCCGGCGCUAGUAGUAGCAGGAAAGAAGAAGGCGGCAUAGCUAGCUUAUUAACACAGCGACAGAAAUUUUUAUGGCAUUGUGCGCCAGGCGCCGUCUUUGGCUUGGGUCCCAGUUUUGGCAAGAAAGCUACCUGGAUCGGUGCUAGUGGCGAUCAGACAUUUAUUAAAAUUGAUGAGUCGCUUAUCACCACACAUAUGCUGCCCAAAGUUAAUGUAGUUGCGAAUAAGAAAACUAUUUUACUCAUUCCCACCAUACCCCUAACAUUCCACACACUUUCCAUCAAUCGUCGUGAUGGCAGUUGCACUGCGCAUUACCGUAAUCAAAUAAAUUUCGUGCAAAUCAUACAGAAUAGUAAUGCUAAAGUUAUGCCAGAAUUGAAUCAAAAUAUCGCUGCAAGCGCAUGUCCUUCGGCGGUGGCUAGUAGUGCACCAGCUGCAGUGGCGCCCUUACAACUUCAACCAGCCGUUGCUGGCCCGAUAAACGAGCAGAUGUCGCGUAGUAUGCACGAAGCGCGGAAUCAAAUAUUCGAUUUACACGAUAAUCAGUUGAGGGAACAGCAACAACGGCGACGUCAACGUGGACGCGAACAGGCAAAGAGUCCAGCUGGUGGUGCUGGCGGUAGUGGCGGCGUGGGGUCUGUAAGUGGCAAUGUCGUUAUGGAUAAACCGCAACCACAAAUUGCAUUCGCACUGGAUCCGCACUACAAUGUUCUGUGGGUGUAUGAUGGUGGCGCGAGGAAGUUGCAGUGUUAUAAUGUGUUGGCCAGUGAGAUCGCCAAUUGUGGUGUUAAUUCAUCAAAUUUUCGCGCCAUUUUAUCGCCUGAACUGGCUUUGCCGAAUAAAGCAGACGCUCGUAUAUCGCGCUCCCAGGCUUCACUAAAUUUACUGGCAUGUCUGGAUAUACUCACCUCGGCGCAGGAUGCAAUCCCUGCCUGCUUUGAGGAAUCAGCACCCAAGCAACCAAAUCAAACCAAAGAGUCAUUGAAUAACGAAUAUCAGAUUGUAAAUCGUUUUGAUAAUUUCGGUGGCGGUUGGGGCUAUUCUGGGCAUAGCGUAGAGGCUAUACGCUUCUCUGCGGAUACUGAUGUUAUGAUUUGUGGCUUCGGCAUGUUCGGCGGACGUGGCGAGUACACGUGUAAAUUGAAGCUGUUCGAUCUUGGUGCUGAUGGUGGUGGUUAUGAGAAGGAGGGUCUGCUGAUUAGUGAAACAAAAGAGGUGCCAUUCGAGUGUGCGGCACGCAGUAAACAUCAUAUAAUGCUACCAAAACCGAUUAAUGCUGCGGCAGGACGUUGGUAUUUGAUAUGGGCACGUAUUGCUGGACCCUCAUCGGAUUGCGGCUCCUGUGGGCAGGCCUCGGUGACAACUGAAGAUCAAGUUGUUUUCACUUUUAAAUCAUCCAAAAAGGCCAAUAACGGCACUGACGUGAAUUCAGGUCAAAUACCGUCAAUACUCUAUCGUCUUAUAACGCAGGAAUCCAAACAACCAGCAGCACCAGUUGACGUGGAUCCGGUGCAGAAGAUUACAAAAUCUUUUGCAAAUACUGUCAGCAAGGAAUGUUUCGAGAGUUUAGUUGUGUUGCUGAAUUGGUCAUGGGAGACAUUCAAGUCGAAUUUGCGUGAACAGCGCGAUAAGGGCCGCCAACUGCAGGUUAAACAAUCUCUGGCCUAUUUGAUAUACGUCAAUAAGUCGUGUCUGCGUUUAUUGCGUAAAUAUACAAAUGAAAUUUAUCCACAACGCGCAUCGGCUACAUUUUCCAACACAUUGGCGGCAACGAGCAUUGCGAAUGCUCUCACUAAAUUGCAAACGCGCACAGGAAAGACAGCGGAUGGCAAAGACAAAAAUUCUAAAACCACUUUGAGUAACUCCGCCUCCACUGUGAUUGCGAAUAAUGUUGCAAAGUAUUUUGGGGAGGCAUCCGCUUCAACGACGGCGUUUUCUGGUGUUGGCAAUAGCUUGUCGUCAACUCGCAAACCAAAUAUGGAGAACAUACAAUUGGCCGAAUGUAUUGGUAAUGUGCGUGCCCUUUUGAUUGGUAUAUUUUGUGAUGAUAUUUUCAAGGAUAUUUGCAGCGAAAGAGGUUUUGCAAUGGUCUUGGAAAUUUUGGAAGAAUGUCACAUCAGUUUUGUAGCCUGUUUUGAUGCAUUCUAUCCGACAUCGUCGCUCAAAUGGAAUUGCCUAUGUGAUCUGCUUUCACAAAUGGACAAGCAAGGCACCUUACAUUCUCGCUUACUGAGCGCCAUACUCGCUGGUCUUUGUUCUCCUUCGGUGAAAUUACGCACAACAUUUUCACUAUUGAAUCCAGGCAACGAAAGACAAUCAAUAAUUAGUCCCAGCGACAAUUCGGGUUUACCAAUGCUCUCAUCCACCGAAGCACAUCAAUAUCCCAUACUCGUUGAGCAAAUGAUUUACCGUACACAGCAAGAGAAAAGUGAUUUCCUCAGCAAUUCUUGGACCUUUAAAGAUGUACUUGUACGGCUAUUAGAUAUUAUAGCGAAUCCGAUACGAGCGCGUAUUGAAAACAUCUACAAUCGUAGCGUGCAAUUCAAUUAUGCCGGCACUUACGGCAGUAAGGAUAUCAAUCAAGGCUUAAUCGAUAAUUGCUGUCAUCUCUUGGCUCGAGUGUUGGCCGAAAUUGUAUAUCAGACUGCGUUGGGGGAUUAUGACAAAAUGUUCAUGCCACCUCGUAGUCUUCACUCGACCGGCUCACGCUUUGCGCGCUGCGAUCAGAGUCGCACCUGGAAUACGGGAAAUUUCGGACCUGAUGCUAUUGGCUUUACUGUAGAUCGACCAGGUAUUGCUAUUGCUGGCGCUAUGGUAUUUUCUGGUUCCGGUUCGUAUGAUUAUCAAUUAGAAUUGUUGUAUGACAACACUGUAGACCUACAAUCACAACAUAAAUGGGAGACACUCGAGUCUGUAUCGGGUUCAUACGAGCAGGAUGUUGUGCAUAAUGACAUGACCGAAAUCAAAUUUGAGCGGCCAGUGCAUAUAAAGGAAAAUGCACGAUAUGCACUUCGUCUGUGCUCGCAGGGUGCCCGCACUUGUUCUGGCGAUGCUGGCAUGACAUCCUUACGCGGUCCUUGUGGCACAACUUUCCAGUUUUAUUCAUGCGAUUUGAGUUUCAAUGGCACUACGCCACAGCGUGGUCAAAUCCCUUGCAUACUCUACUACAGUACGCCUGUGAAAAGCGAAUCUUCGGUAGGUGGUGGUGGAAAUGGCAGCAGUAGUGGUCAACCAGCUUCCAACGAAGUGACCACACGUGAUACGGCUUUACAAAUAGCCAGCGAUAUUACAAAGAAAUGCACCGAAUUAUUGAUUUUGGCACGCAAUGCUUUAGCGGCUUCACUUUCACCCUCUGAUAAUUCUUCCAAUCACACACAGACCAUUGAUUCGGAACAUAAUAUCACACCCAUUGAGGAGCACAUGGAUAUAAAUUGGGCAAAUAAUUCGCGUACCUCAGUGUUGCCUGUCGACGCGAAUAUAUCCACGGCCCGCGACAUCACAAAACGUAUUGAAUCGUUUUCGAAAGGUAUUAUUGAAACAUUGAAAUUUGAUAAACGUUCGACAAAUCCGUUCGAGAUGGAAAUUGAAAUCGGCGCCACAGAAAUACACCCCAAAGAUUUGAUGAUUGAGGAGAGUACGGGUGUGCAGGAUUUAAAUUUUCGGAAUGGUCAAAUAGCUAAACUCAAUGGCAAUGAGCGCGUCGAUGAUGAAGAUGAAGUGGCGGAGGAGUUCGUUAAUGUGCAACAUCAACAUCACCAACAAAAUAAUCAGGUUGGUUUUGGUGGCAUUGGUAGUGGCUUGCGUUCCGAUUCGGAGGAUGUGCCGGCUACGCAGCUUACUGUCGUGCAAAUCAUGGAAGUGUUCAAUAUGGCGUCAUCGAAUAUGUUCCACACACUUCUACCGUUAGUUUAUGCGCACGUAGCUAACUUGGCCUGUAGUGAUCCAAAGAGUUCUGUGCAAAUUCUCGGCAUGAUCAAAGAUAUUUUACCACAUAUUGCCGCACUCAAUCAACUUUAUGCGACUAAAGAUCAAACUACUGCCACUGGUGCUGCAACUAUCAGUCCUGCUGCUACCGUUGCAGCUCAGGGAUUACGUAACGUCAUGGCUGUGGAUAAUCGUGAAUUUCGCUCGCGUAAAAAGAGUGAGAGUGAAGCACACAUGUUGGGCGAUCGUAAUGGCAGCGAAAGCAUUACCACUAGCAAUCAUUACUGUGUGGUGGAGAGUGAACAUCCAUAUCGUAGCGCCACCAUCAGUUGCCAGCGUGUCGAAUUUCCACCUUGUGUGCAGUGGUUAACCAUUGAAUUUGAUUCGCAAUGCGGCACUGCGCAGUUAGAGGAUUAUCUAUUGCUCUCCAUACCAUUGCGUCCCACAGUUACUGAAACGAGUCCAACCAAUGAAGAUUACUUCGAUAUGAUGGAUAAUAAUAUGCGUCGCUCGCAUGGCUGCACGGGUAACGCCUUGAUUAGUAGCUGCUAUAAGAGUGUGCAUACGAAGGAAGAGCAGGAUAGUGGUGUGGUUAUGGACCGUGAGUGGAUAGUGGUGAAGAAAUUUAAUACUUCUUCUAAUUGGAUGCAGAAUGUUAUGAUCCUUCCUGGUAAUUGUGUAGAAUUCUCCCUGGAAACAUCUUCGCUCUAUGCGCAAGAUCCACACAUUAAUCGUUAUGGUUUUAAAUGUUUAGUUGUGGGUUAUGACAAUCCUUCAACGUUAAGUGCAACAAAUUCAUGUUUGAUACGACUUGAACAGGAGCUAGCCUAUUUGGGUGGCAUGUGUAGCGCUAAUCUCAUGAAGAAGGACCUCAAUCUACCAGAUGACAAAGAUUUGGACGAUCUUGGCGGCGUUGAAGAUACCAUUAAUGCACAUCACGCUCUUUUGUCAAAAGGAUUUGCACUAUCUGAACCCGUUUUAACAGUCCAUCAAGCGUUGGAGUCCUAUCUGCCGAUUGGUUCUCAAUCAAAUGAACGGCAAUUUCUGAAAGAUUUCAUUAGUGGCGCACCGGGUUCGUCUGGCGCUCGUUUGGCUGCUUGGCUACAACCGGAAUCACGUCUUGAUCCCAAUAAAUGCGAAUUAAAUACAAUAACCGAACCGUUGCGUUAUGGCUGGCCAACUCAGAUUAUGGUGACCAUACGUGAUCAAUACGGUGAUGCUGUGCUGGUGCCCGAAUUGAAGGUCGAAAUCAAAGCCAUUCCGACUGGCGCUUCUGGCAACGGCAACAUCAAAAUGCGACGCGGCUCAUACACGGAGAACAACACAUCAUAUGGUGGUGUGCCGGCGCCACCGCGCCUCAAUUAUGAGCCUACAAUUAAGGAGAAAAUGUGCUUCAAGGCUAUUACAUUCAUGAAGCCCUACAACAAUUAUUCGUUUGAAGAGUUGCGCUUCAGCAGUCCCAUUCAGACACGCGUCACAGAGACACUUUAUGCACAAGACAUGGAAGACGGCACAUUCAGCGUACAUUGGACGCCCAAUUCGGUGGGUAGUUAUUGUCUUACUGUAACUAUUGAUGGCAUUCUGCUGGAGGAGGUGUAUCGGGUGGAGGUGAAGGAAGGUGGCCUACCGCCGCCGUCUCACAAGCAAGCACUCAAGAAGCCCCAACCGCCGAAUAAGCUGCGAAAGUUUUUCACCAAAAAUACAGCGGGAUUGCGAAUACGAUCGCAUCCCACAUUGCAGUCUGAGCAGGUGGGCAUUAUCAAGUUGAAUGGCGUUAUUUCUUUUAUUGAUGAGAUUGAGAAUGAUGACGGUGUUUGGUUGCGGCUUUCGACCGAGUCUAUACGCCAGCACUGCACUAUGGGUUGGUACCCGACUGAAGCGUGGUGUUUGCAAUAUAAUCAACACUUUGGACGCACUUUGUUGCAUCCCGUAACGGAGACGAGUACUACAACAGCGGCCGUGAGUACGGUAGCAACAAGCGGCGCUACGGGCGUAGGUGGUGGUGAUGUGUCGUCGAGUGUUGGCACUUCAACGGCGAUGUGUGUUGGUGGCGGUACCGGGUCCGGCAGUAGUGGUGCUGGUGGUGGAAAAUCCGUAUCGAAGCCGCGCCACAAAAUUUUAUUAGACAACAUAGAGUCGCCGGUUUCGCCGCUGCCUAUUGAGUCGCCUUCGAAAUCAAAGUCUGUGUCGCCAAACAAAAAGAUCUUCGAUUUCUCGCAAGACCGUUUUACGCCACCAAAAUCCUCUGAUGUUUCACACACUUCAACCAAUCCUUUUCUUUUUCCAACUGUUGUUAAGUCGGAAUCGGAAGAUAGUGAGCUGCAAAAGGUUUUUGACAUGCAAUCCUCGUCGCAAACGAGCGUCAGCUCAACGUCGCAACAACAACAACAAGGAGAUAUUCUCUCUUUACAUUCUCUGCAAAAUACGAGCCCCUCCCAAAUCAGUUCGGCGAUUGCGGGUGUCGUCGGGGGCGGCGCUAUUAAACUGCAAGCGCUCCAGAAGUGGUUCAAAGGUGACGCUUUAGAUGGUGGUGGUUCGGCUGCUGCUGGAAGACCGCCUUCACCGGCUAAGGAGCAUCAACGUAAACGUUCAGAUGUCACAGAGGUAAUGUCUUCGGUUUCGGUGCGUGAACUGGUGCGUGCUAUGGGCGGGCAGGACACGCGCUGCAACGGAAACAAUGCACAUGCGCAACAGAGUUCUAGUCCAAUGCAAAUACCCGCGGUCGGCAAGGGUUCUUCGGAUUCACCUAGCGUAAGCGUAAAGUCUACAGAUGCUUCAGAGACUUCGGGUCUCUUUAGUUCACUCACGCAAGAUUCUAGUCAUUCCCAUAAGAGUUCGAAGGAGGAGGAGGAGGAAAAUGCACAAACUAAUGCGGCACCCACGUUCGAUAUAUCCACUAUACGUGUCACCAGCUUCACACCAUCACAGACGGCGGCCUUACUCUCUACACCAAAGCACUCGCCGCGCAAAUUAAUGACCAACCUUCGACGUACGACAUCACCAUCCAGUCGUAGCGUUGAGUGCUCCACCGCGCUUAAAGAGCCCGAUUUAACUCAACUCGAAGACGAUAUGAACAUGUUGCAGAUUACAACAACCACAACUGGUGGUGGUGUGACCACACAGGAUCAAAUCUUAUUCGGCGAUAUGAAGACGGCGAGCACCACAGCAAGUACUGACGACUCCAGUCCACCCAUCUGGCCACCACCGCUGAACCAGACUAACGCUACAUUGAAUGCAGCCACAAACCAACAGCAAAAGUCAUCUUCGCACAGUAAACGUGCUGGUGCGAUUGGCCCCAUCAAGCGGGCGAUGCCGCCAUCGUUGGCUGAAAGCAUACGCGCUGUAUUCGCCGCCUUUCUCUGGCACGAGGGACUUGUACAUGACGCUAUGGCAUGCGCCAGUUUUCUCAAAUUCCAUCCCUCGCUACCCAAAGAGGGCGCCACUGUAGUAACCAGACGCGACUCGAAGGACAGUCGCUUGCAGUUAUCACGUGAGCAAAAGGCUCAGCAGCGCCACUCUGUUGAAGUAGCCAAUGCGGGUACUUAUCUGAAUAUCAGACCUUCAACACUCGAAACGCUCACGAAAAGCGGCAACUCGUCGAUAAAUAAUCGUAAGCAUCGCAAGAAUUUGACGUACAACUCCGGCAGUGGUAGUGGUGAAGAGUCGGAGAGUGGAGAAAAGCAAAAGUUGCAUACUUUGCCUGAAGUGGUCACCGUUCUACCGCCUGCACUGCGUUGUCUCGUCUAUUUGUGGGAACAGGUGUGUACUAAUUGUGUGCAGGUAAUGCAGUCGAAUAUUAUGGAACGAGAGAAGAGCGGUGCCAGCGUAAAUAGCGGCGGCGGCGGCGGCGGAGGUGGCACGCCAACUCGCGAAUCGAGCGUAGAUGCGAAAGAGAAGCAGGAAUCAAAUGAACGCGAGCUAGCGAAGAAAACUCGGCGCAAGAAGAAAGAUGACGGCUCUUGGUGCGAGGUCUGUGAAGUAUUUCUGCCGAUACCAGUCACCUACCAUAUGCGCAUCGUCCAUCCCGGCUGCGGCAAGUCAGCCAAGGGCAAAGGUUACAAUUCGGUCGGUAUUUUCUGUGAGGGUUGGGCUGGCAAUUGUGGCGAGGGUGGCAAAGGUGCCUCCAGUUGGUUUUUGAUGUGCGACGAAUGUCGUGAGAAGUACAUGUCGGCAAAUAAGAAUGUUAACAAUGUCAAUAGUGCGCCCGGUGUAACGCUCUCAGGUAAUGAAUUGAAUUUGUUUGGCGUUAAGACCACUACACUGAUCGCCAACUCGGAGAUUUAUACAACCAUGCGCGAAAACGCCACUUUCUUGUUGGAACUCUCUUCAAGCGCAGCCUCUACUUUAAAUGCCACAGUUGGUGCAGGCGCUGCGGGUGUGAAUCCUUCUAAUUUGAUUUCGUCCAAUAAGCGUUCGCCCCAACAAAUGCCCGUCGUGGUCGAACAUCAACAUUUCAACAUGCCCGAUUUGAAUAAGCCAAGUACAAGUCGUGGCGAUUCGGCACGUAAUAGUCGUAUCGGUUUGCGGAUGAGCGGAAAAUUUGGCAGCUCCACACCUUAUCGCAAGAGUUUUAUUGGCAGCUCUGUCUCACCAGAGCAUAUUUGGUUGGCUCCCGAAACAUUCGCUUGUUUGGAAUCGCUCGGCGUGGCUAAUAACGAAGAUUUGCCAUAUGAAAUUUUCGGCUUAAACCAAACUGAAAACGGUUUUGAUAGGCCUCUCUCUGAGAUGUCCUAUGAAUCCUAUGAUCCCAACAAUUAUGAAUUGAUGACAGGCUCAGUUAGUGGCGCGCAACAGCAAGGUGGCGGUGGGAGCGGCUCGAAUACAGGCACGCUCUCCAAAUUUCACCGCAGCUUCUCGAUGGGUCAAGGUUGGGCUAUGGCACAGCAACAGGGCACUUUCCAAUUGAAAAAUCUCGCUGCAAACACGGAUGAAGCGCAGCAGAGUAAAGUUGUUUUCCGGCGACGCAACAAUUCUACCAGUGAAGGUGAUGGCGCGCUACUCAUUUGUUAUCCAUCGGAGAAUUUGCGUCGUUUGGUGCCGGAAAGUAUACUAAACAGCUCCAUCGUACAUCCGGCCGUACAGCGUUUGGCCAAUGCAGAUGGCGCUAUGUCUGCCGGUAAAACGCUGUCCGGCGAGCAGUCAGAGAGCAAUGAUAAUGAGGAGAAGUUGAAGUUGGUGGAAAAUGGUGGUGUCAAGUUGAAGGAAUACGAUUACUCCGGUAGCGGCAACUCAACAGCAAUGAGAUCUAAUGCUGCGCGCGAUAAGGACUCCUCUACAACCUUACUCGAGUUGGAGUUGUCUUCACAAGUGAAUGCGUUGUUGCAACGACCCGCAAUGGCUUUUAUUACGCAAAAACAUGAUUUGGAGAAAUUGCGUUACGCCAUGAAACGUAGUCUGCGCAUAGCCACUUGUCGUAUCUACUCACUGCAAGCACUCAACUGGCUGCUGCGUUCGGUUACACAAAGCGUUUGCUUGCACGAUCUCAUGUGGUGGUUUGUCAGCUCUCUUAGCGUUUCUGCCAUAGAGAUGAUCGAUGGCAAAUACGAAGAUGUGGAGCCCGCCUUGGAACAUCCAGUUACCUACACGCAAAUCAGUGGUCGCUUCUCACAUUUAAUCACCCAGAGCUUACAUGUUUUCUUGCAGUCCGUCGCGGAUCUCACGCUGUAUUUACCACUUGGCUCACCGCUGCAACGCAUCGCCAUACAAUGUUUCGGUAUACGUUUUCGCCAAACGGAUCAUCAGUUCUUACAUAAUUCUCAUGUCUUUGGUAAUAUUUCGAAAAUUCUUUCGAAAUCCGAUGAACAAGAUGAUGUUAUGGCGGUCUCGAGCAUAGGCAUGGCCGGUGCUGCAGCUGUUGAGAGUAGUGGCGUUGGUUCGAUGGGUGUGCACGAUGUGGAACAUAAUUUUCAGAGUGUUGCGGGUGGUGUCGCGGUAACGACUGCGGGUGGUAUGCCAGCGGGUGCUAAAAUUAUAUGUUAUUCCGACUUGAAUGGCAUGUUCGAAGUAACGGUGUCAUCGCGUCAAGCCAUGGCCGAAUCGUUGACGGACAAUUCCACUGAAACUUUCUGGGAGAGCGAUGAAGAGGAUCGUAAUAAGUGCAAGAUCAUUGAGAUCUCGAUGACGAAGUUGACAUACACUUGCAAGGUUGUGUUGGUGCACAUCGACAAUAGUCGCGAUAUACAGAAUAAAGUGCUCAAUGUGGUCUUCUACGCUGGACAAUCGUUGGGCGACACAAAUCUUAUCAAGUCCGUGGAUGUGGAUCCUAAAGCUUGCGCGUGGAUAUCCGCAAAAAUUGUCAAUGAGUCAUAUACACAUUUUCGACUGGAGUUCCACGGCCCGGAGAAUACUUUGCGUGUACGUCAAAUCAAGUUACUUGGUCUACCAACAAGCAUGAGCGGACUGGAUGAACAGUUCAGUGAACAGUUCGGCGGUGGACCACAGUCGGCAGGUGGUGCUGGUGGCAACAGUUGUGGUAUAGCACCAGCAGGCGCGGGAGGACAAAUGCACGCACUCAAAUCAAAUUUGAAACUUACAAAUGCCAUACGUAUACAGCAACAGAUAUGUGAGUCAGAGACAUUGCGCGUUUUCCGGCUCAUAACAGGUCAAGUUUUUGGUAAAUUGAUCAGCACCGUUGUCACCGAUGCCGGUCAUCAAUCUGUGCUUGGCAUGGAUUCAAGCGGCAACUCUAUGCUCGCCGACUCGCUGGAUCUGCGUGAACAUAUGGUUGGUAUACUCUUUUCACGCAGUAAGCUCUCGCAUCUGCAGAAACAGGUUAUUGUCCAUAUCGUGCAUGCGAUUAAGAAGGAAGCGCAUCGUGCCAAGGAAGAUUGGGAAAUUGUAAAUUUGGCCAACUGUUUCAAGGACGCACACGCCACGACCACAUCCGCCACUUCAACUGGUGAUCCUAAGAGCGAAUCCAGCUCGGAGCGUUAUCGUGCGCCAGACACUUACUGUUUCGAGAUGCUUAGCAUGGUGUUGGCGCUCUCUGGUAGUGUCGUAGGCCGUUCAUAUCUCUCGCAUCAGUAUGGCUUACUUAAGGAUCUUUUAUCACUACUACACACAGGCAGUGAUCGUGUUCAGCGACAGGUUACUGCGCUACUAAGACGAAUUUUGCCUGAAAUUUCACCAGAAAGUUUUGCCGAGUUGAUGGGUGUUCAACGUCUACCGCCCGCGGAUUACAAUAUUGCACAUCAGAAUGCCGCUGAUUUUGAUAUGAACCGUCUGGGCUUGCUAGACAUAUUCUUAGCUGUCAUAGCCAAGGCUCUGCAGUUGCAGGUGAAGGUCAAAUCUUCGUCGAGUAAACCGAGUUUGGAGAAGACGCCCUCGUUUGUGCGCCUUUGCAAUACGCUUGAUUUGUCGGUGCAUCUUUUGAAGCAGACACAAAAGCCCAAAACGGACUGCGCUGAGGGUGAGGCAUGCAGUGGUGAUGCCGAUGCCAUUGAAUUCACCCCGCACAAAACACACCCAUUCCGUUUCGACCAACAAGUUGUGGGCAGCGAGUAUGAGCUCAGUCGCUCAACUUUGAAGCUAAACAAGAAGGAGAAUAAGAAAAAUCUUAAUCAGCGUUGGUUCUUGAAUGGUGUCAUCUCUACAAAGCAAGCUGAGAGUAUUAUUGGUCUUGUGCGUGAUUUAGCUAGUGGUAAAUUGAGUGAAAAAUGGUCGCUGAUCACUAAGGCUGCCAUUGCGGAGUCCGUGCUGAACCUAACACGGUUGGAUGAGAUUUUCCGUAAUCCUGAACAUUGCGUCAAGACCGCCACCAUGUGGUUAGCACUGGCCAGUCUUUGUGUUCUCGAUCGGGAUCAUGUUGAGAAGCUUUCAUCGGGUCAAUGGUCUAAAGUCUCCGAUACACGUCCUAUGUGUACUAAUCACGAUGAUGGUGAGACAGCUGCGAUAAUUCAGUGUGAGACUUGUGGCUCUUUGUGCGGUGAUUGUGAUCGGUUUUUGCAUUUAAAUCGUAAAACUCGAAUGCAUAAGCGGACGGUUUGCAAAGAGGAAGAAGAAGCCAUACGCGUGGAGCUGCAUGAGUCUUGCGGACGCACUAAACUCUUUUGGCUGCUCGCUUUAGCCGAUUCGAAGACAUUAAAAGCGAUGGUAGAAUUCCGUGAUGGCAGUCAUACUAUAAUAUCCGGCCCACAAGAGGCCGUAGGUCGAUGUCGCUUCUGUGGCAUAACCGGCAAUUCUGGGCUACUUGAGAUUGGUAAUGUCUGCGCGGAUGCCCAGUGUCAAGAGCAUGCUGCUAAUUCUUGUAUGAAAGUGAAGUCGUGCGAUCAUCCCUGCGGUGGUGUGGCAAACGAGAAGAAAUGUUUGCCCUGCCUGCAACAUGUGUGUCAUGCGCGUGAAAAUAAAAUCGCCGAGGAGUUACACGAACCGAAAUUGACACAAGAUGCCGAUGAUAUGUGUAUGAUAUGCUUUGUUGAGGCGCUUUCAUGUGCGCCAUCCGUACAGCUCGAGUGCGGUCACGUUUUCCAUCAUCACUGUUGCAAGGCGGUCAUUGAGAAGCGUUGGAGUGGGCCACGCAUUACAUUUGGCUUCUCCUUGUGUCCCAUUUGCAAAGCGGAUAUUCAGCACAAUCUGCUAUCUGACAUUUUGGAGCCGAUUAAUGCGCUCAAACAGGAUGUCAAGCGUAAGGCGUUGAUGCGGCUAAAAUACGAGGGUAUCGUCAAGGACACCGACUCGAAGGAUGUCACCAACUUGGCUAUGGAUCGUUACGCCUACUAUGUGUGCUUCAAGUGUCAGAAGGCUUACUAUGGCGGCGAGGCACGUUGUGAUGCGGAAAUCGGUGAGAAAUUCGAUCCGCAAGAAUUGGUUUGCGGCGGCUGUUCGGAUGUAGCGCGUGCACAAAUGUGCCCCAAACACGGCACAGAUUUUCUGGAAUAUAAAUGCCGCUACUGCUGCUCGGUUGCGGUUUUCUUUUGCUUCGGCACAACACACUUUUGCGACACCUGCCACGAUGACUUUCAACGUCUUACGAAUAUACCGAAAAAUAAGCUACCACAAUGUCCCGCUGGGCCAAAGGCUAAACAGCUGUUGGGCGAUGAAUGCCCUUUGCAUGUCAUACAUCCACCUACCGGUGAAGAAUUCGCCCUGGGGUGUGGUGUGUGUCGCAAUGCGCAAACGUUUUAGCAUGAUGCUGUUGCUGACGUAUUAAACGCUGAUGUAUUGGAGGCAGCGCGUCCACCCAAAGGUGCGGAAGGUGCGGGUUUUGUGCCGCUCGAAGAGUGGAUUGAGGUGGAAAUGUUGGACUUGGAUAAUGAAAGAAGUUUUGAAAUGGUUUUGCGCGGUGCUGAUGAGCGUGAUGGAAACCGUUAGAAUGUAGUAAAAAAUUUAUUUAUUUUAGCUCUCCACGUAAAUUGUUUUUAAUUUGAUCUCAAAACUUUACCUUUGGACUCUAUACAAAUCUCUGAAUGUUAGUCGUAGCAUUAAGUUUAAAGUAAUAAAUAUUUAUUGACAGACACCAAAUUACACCAAUACUUAGAUACUCAUAUAUGUAUGUAUAUGUAUUCAAAAAUAUUUACCUAUACUACUUAAAUUCAUGUUGUGCAUUAUUCACAUAUUUAAAACAAAAAAAAAAAAAA